AUGGCGUUGGUCUCUUCCUUCACAUCUCCCCCGUAUGGGACACAGUAUUCGGGAUAUUACCGGCCGCCUCCGUCGCCGCCCAUGGACGAGCCAAAGUGCUCCCUGCCCUCCAUCUCCAACCUGCUGGGCCUUGCCGACGCAGGCUCGCUGGCGAGCGAAGCGGCCUUCAAGUCUCAGCACAGCUCUCCUCGACCCUAUCCCAAGGCUGAGAGCCGCCCGUCUUCUCGACACAGGGCGCUGCCACCCACACCGCCCAUGUCCACAGAGGCGUCGUUUGACAUCCGUCGCUCUCCGUCCAGCCAGCCCAGCAGCAUCUCGCACGCUGCACCUAGCCGCUACUACGAGACCACUCCCCCUGUAGAGGCCCAUGAUGCGCAUCGUCAUCGAAUGGCGCCCUCUCGGCCUACCAUCUCAACCUCGGCUGCCCAGCAGCAGCCUGCCAUGGCAUCAUCUGCCCAGUCUCCUGCCAGCAACUACUAUCCCGUGCAGAGUCUACCUCCGCCUCCUCCUCCUCCUCAGGUGCCUGGUCUUCACUAUCAGCGUCCGCUGCCCCAAUCAUUCCCGCCGCCGCCUCCUAGCCCUCUCAGCGUAACAUCCUCGGGUGGCUACGUCUGGCAGCAUCACCACUACCUCAACCCUUCCAACGGGAUUCCCUUCCCGCCCACCCAGGACCGAUACAUUUGCCAAACUUGUAACAAGGCCUUUAGCCGGCCCAGCAGCCUGCGCAUCCACAGCCACUCGCACACUGGCGAGAAGCCCUUCAAGUGCCCUCACUCCGGCUGUGGCAAGGCCUUUAGCGUCCGGAGCAAUAUGAAGCGGCACGAGCGAGGCUGCCAUGGCUUUGACGUCGGCAAGGGACCUAUUCUCCUUGCCUAA